AUGUUUGCUUCAAUUUCAAUAGAUGAUGUUAGAGAUGAAGAGGAAGAGAAGGUAGUGAAUGCUUUUCGCCAACUCUUGAUUGAAAAAGACUUACUUCCUCAUCGUCAUGAUGAUUACCACACGUUAUUAAGAUUCUUGAAGGCAAGGAAAUUCGAUAUUGACAAGGCAUUUCAAAUGUGGACUGAAAUGCUCAAUUGGAGGAAAGACUUUGGCGCUGAUUCUAUCUUAAAGGAUUUUGUAUAUAAUGAAUAUGAAGAGGUUCAAAGCUACUAUCCACACGGGUAUCAUGGGGUAGACAAAGAGGGACGACCUAUUUACAUUGAAAGACUAGGAAAAGUGGACCCCACUAAGCUUAUGAAUGUCACAACGGUUGACAGGUUUUUAAGGUACCAUGUACAAGGUUUUGAGAAAGCUUUUUCCGAGAAGUUUCCAGCAUGUUCUGUUGCUGCUAGAAGACAUAUAGAUUCUUGCACAACCAUAUUGGAUGUUCAUGGCAUGAAUUGGAUGAGUUUUGGGAAAGUUGCACAUGAUUUGGUUAUGCAGAUGCAAAGAAUAGAUGGAGAUAACUAUCCUGAGACAUUACAUCAAAUGUACAUUGUUAAUGCGGGUAACGGGUUCAAGUUAUUAUGGAAUACUGCAAAAGGGUUUCUUGAUCCAAGAACAACAUCGAAAAUACAUGUUCUUGGCACCAAGUAUCAGAACAAGUUGUUGGAAGUUAUCGAUUCAAGCCAAUUACCCAGUUUUCUUGGUGGAACAUGUUCAUGCCCUAAUGAAGGUGGAUGCUUGAGGUCAGACAAAGGUCCUUGGCAUGAUCAAGAAUUGAUGAAGUUAAUUAGCACGGAUGAUUCAGAUAAAAAUGGUAGAUUUUAUGAUGAUUCUAAUCUAGAGGUGAAGUCAAUUGUUUCCGAGACCACAAAUCGUGAAGUCUCCCAUGAGUCUGUAUUCCAAACCCGUGCUCCAAGAAGAUCAAUGUCUCUUCAUCUAAGGAACUCGGUAAACAAGCCGCCUGUUUCCAAUAAAACAAGAGUUGAUCGAGUGGUUUCUAAUACUCAAAUAGAUGUUACUCCGAGAAAUGACGUGACACGAACAAGAACGAUGGAAGAAGAAUCAACUGUAAAGAAAGCUUUUGGGUUUAUAUAUGAAGUUUUAGUGUAUACGUUUCUUCUUAUUUUUGGGUUGUUGAAACUUUUAGCAACAAACAUCAUGAAAUUGUUAAAAAACGAGGAAACUUCUUCACCCCAAUUUGUGAAUGAUUCGAGUCGUCUAGAAAAGGAAAAAGAGCUUUUGCAUCCGUGUGAGGAGAAAUUGAAAAAACUUGAAGCAAUGGUGGCUGAGCUUUCAAGUAAACCUUCUAGAAUCCCACAAGAAAAAGACGAAAUGCUUGUUGAAUCGAUGAAUCGUAUAAGAUGCAUGGAGUAUGACUUGCAAAAAACAAAAAAAGCUUUAUUUGCAACGGCUUCAAAACAAAUGGAACUUGAGGAGUCGAUUGAGACGUUAAGAGGGGACACGUUAAAUAAAACAAAUUCGUGUUGGGUGAGACGUACAAAAUCAGCCUCGAGUGGAAGAUGGCAGUGAUCAAUGAUCAUACUUACAAUACUUACAUACACAAAAAUGUGAUAGAAAAAUACAAAUUUUUUCUUGGAAUUUUGAUAAUUUCAAAGGCAAAUAUCGUUGAAGGUUUUCUAUUUGGUUCUUUAAGCCAUAUGAAUACUUGUUCAUAGAUAGUUUACAUAGAAAGAGAUAAUUCGCCAAGAAGAACAUGUCGACAGGAAUGAAUAGGUUGAUGUGUUGUUUAUGGCGAAAAUGAUUACUUUUUCAUUUUAGAAUGUAAUGUUCCAAGAAGUUUAUAAUUCAUAAUGGU